AUGACGUCCAUUGAAGGAUUCAAUACACUAGUUACUCAUCUCGAUAUAGAAAAUCAAUUUAUUAAAAAAUUAACUAAAAUUGACCUAAAUAAUAAUAAAAAAAGAUGGAAAUCAAAUUUGUUAAAUUUAUUAAUCGAUGGAAAUGAUAAACAAAAAAAAAUUACGCAUAAUGAGGCAAAAAUCAUAUUUGUGGAUAAAAGCCAACUGUAUAUUGUCAAUGAUAACAUACCAUUUGCUAUACCACGAUCGAUCAAUGAUGUACGGGAAUCAAUGAAAAGUCGUCUCGAAAAAUCGUUAUUAUCUAUCAAGAGAAAUGAAGAAUAUAUUAACAAUACAAUCACUCAUAAUGAUGAUCAUCAACAAGUUGACACAUCUGUUGGUCUACUGGCAUUGGCACAAUCUGCACAAAAAAUUGCUUUUCGAGAAAUACUUAGCGUUGAUGAAUCUAGACUAUCAUCAAUAACAUUAGAAAACGAUACAAAACAAAAAGAAAAAUAUGAUCCCAUAACAGAUUUUAGUGAUGCACAAGAUUUGAUUGAAUUUGAAAAUGUUUUAACGAAACAUGGUGAAAUAUACACAGUUUUACCGCCGAGAAGGCCAAUAGAUAUGCUUUACAUGAAAUUUUGUUGUCUAUUUGAGAUAAGUCGUGAUUCAAAUCAAAAUUGUUUAAAUAUUCAAUUACACGAUAUUAUAUUUAAAUUUCAAUUGACUGAUUUUAUUUUACAUUGUGGAUUACAUAUUCAUAAACCAGUUGAACAGGAAUUGAUUCUUGAACGUAAAAUACAAGGAAUAAGCAAAAAUACACAAUGGGGAAUGGAAAUGAAGUUUGUAUCAUUUGAUUGGAUAGAAAAUCAAGAAGUUGAAUUGUAUUUCAUACUGAAAGUUGAAUCAUUACCAACGCUUACUAAAAAAUUUAUAAAAGGAACAAAAUUUCACGAUCAAUGCCAUCUUCAUGUGAAAAAUAUACCUCAUGAGUCAAGUAAAAUAUUUUUAAGAGAAAUGAUACCAGUUUGCAGAAGUAAAAUGAGAUCAAGAGGUUAUAAUGUUGGACAAAUUGAAUUUGAAGCCGUUCAUUGGACAGAAAAAAACGAACUGUCUAUUAAAAUAAUUAAAAUAACGCAUUCAAAAGCAGAGAAACUCCUACAAAAACCAGAAACAUAUGUUGAAAUUGUAUUUCAAGAUCCAUUUUUAAUUCGUGACAUAAAACGUACAAAGCUAGCUGAACGUUCGUAUAAUCCAAAUUUUGAUGAAGAGUUUGUAUUUCAAUUACCAGAAAAAACGGCGAUCAGUGAUAUAACAAUUGAUCUUGUUUUUAUUGAAAAAUCAUCGUUACAACAUACUUUAACACCUAUUGGUACCUUGACACUUUCAAAACAUACAGACUGGUAUCCAGUUAGACAUUUUUGGGCCAAAGUUGAACAAACCCCAAAUAUUAGACAUAAAGACAAGUUUUUACUAGAAGGAAAUGCUGCUGAAUAA